AUGUCUUUCACUCUCUACGACGCCUCUGUCAGCACUGCCAAGGAUAUCCUUGAGUCUCUCAAGGCCAUCCUCAAGAAGGCUGAAUCUGCUCCCAACGCUGCCAGCCUUCCUGAUGCGCGUAUCCACGAGGACAUGCUGCCCCUGAGCUUCCAGGUUCACUUCGUGAGCGACAUCGCCCAGAAGACUGCUGCCCGUACCUCUGGCACCGAGCCUGAGAAGCUCGAGAACGACCUCAAGACCUUUGACGAUUUCUUCAAGCGCAUUGACGAGGUCCAGGCCAUUCUGUCAAAGACCGACAAGGAGGUCAUCAACAAGCGGGUUGGCGAGACCGUUCCUAUGGGACUGGGACCUGGCAAGAAUGCUGAGAUUGCUAGCCAUGCCUACGUCACUGGCUAUGCUCUCCCCAACCUCUUCUUCCACCUGUCUACCGCCUACAACAUCUUGCGCAAGGAGGGUAUCCCACUGGGAAAGAUGGACUACCUUGUUCCCUUCCUUGGCAAGCACCUCCCUCCUCAGUAA